UCGGCUAAAGGACCUUCGAUGAUGUCACGAUCAUGUGAUCAGUCACUACAGACAAGCGACUGCUCCCGUGUAUGGUCACAUGAUCGUGACAUCAUUAAAGGUCCUUUGUCCACUGUGGUCUGGAGUCUCCUGCACAGUCAGUUUUUGGAGCACAAGAAAAAUAAAGGAAAUCACUACAAAGUACAAUUGGUCUUGGAAAAAUAUAGGUUCUUCCAUAUUAAUAUUCUGAAAAUAAUUGCCCCUCUUAUGAUUGAAAAUGGAGAAGGACAGAAACAAGAAGACUGAGCGGAUCUUAAACCUCACCCUGGAGAUCAUCUACCUGCUGACUGGAGAGGGCUAUACAGUAGUAAAGAAAUAUGAUGAGAAUACGACUCCAAACUCCAACCCCCAUGUGUCAGGACGGUGGAGUGAGAGCCAAAGCUGCAUCUUCCCUCCAUCACUGAUACAUGAGAGAAGCCAUGACCAGAAGAUCCUGGAGCUCACCAAUAAGGUCAUUGAGCUUCUGACCGGAGAGGUCCCUAUAAGGUGUCAGGACGUCACUGUCUAUCUCUCCAUGGAGGAGUGGGAGUAUUUAGAGGGACACAAGGAUCAGUACAAGGACAUAGUCAUGAUGGAGGAUCAGCAGCCCCUCACAUCACAGGAUGUCAUCCUGAACCAAGAAUGGAGCCACCUCUCCCCAUCUUCCCCAUGUAAAGAAGAAUGUGAUGUGACACAAAGUUAUUGUGAAGAAUGUCCUAUAACCCCAGAUCCACCUUCACUUAUACCCAGCACAGAUCUCUCGUCUCUCUCAUAUGAUUCCACUACUCUGGAAGAACCUCAAUCUGAUCAGUCACAAUUUACUUUUCCUGAAGGUGGAAAUAACUUUACAAAGAAAUCUCAUUUGUCUAUGCAAAAGACAAGCCACAAAACCCAGAGAAAAUAUUCAUGUUCAGUAUGUGGGAAAUGUUUCACAAAUAAACCAAAUUUUCUCGAACAUCAGAGAAUUCACACAGGGGAGCGGCCGUAUUUAUGUCUGGAAUGUGGGAAAAGUUUUACCUGGAGAUCGAAUCUUGGGGAACAUCAAAAGGUUCACACAGGGGUGAAGCCCUAUUCUUGUCAGGAUUGUGGAAAAUGUUUAUCUUCGAAAUCCCACCUUGUGGAACAUGAGAGAAUCCACACCGGGGAGAGGCCAUUUGCAUGUUCCGAAUGUGGGAAAAGUUUUGCAAUUAGAUCCAAUCUUAUAGAGCACCAGAAAACUCACAGAGGGGAGCGGCCAUAUUCCUGUUCGCAAUGCGGGAAAUGUUUCACACGGAAGCCGGAUUUGGUUAGACAUCAGAAAGUUCAUACUGGGGAGAAGCCGUUUUCGUGUAUGCAAUGUGGGAAAUGUUUUUCCAUUAAAUCCAAUCUUGCGGAACAUCAAAAAAUCCACACAGGGGAACGACCGUAUACAUGUGCGGAAUGUGGGAGAUGUUUUUCCAAGAAAUCAAAUUUAGUAGAACAUCAAAAACUUUAUGCUGGAAAAAGCCAUUUCCAUCCGUAUAGUUGAUGAAAUGUUUCACCCCAGGACCGGAGCUUCUACAGUUAUAGGACCUGGCAACUCAAUAUGGCCAUAGAUAUUGGCGACCAAUUUGGACAGUUAUGGUGGGAUUGGCCAACAAUAUGUAUGGUGGCAGAUAUGGAGGGGGUGAACCAGCCAUGUUGGACCCUAACAUUCCCAGUGUCAGCAGAGGUCAUCGGUGGGGUUGGUAUCCAGUGACCCCCACAGUCUAUAGAACAAAGGGCCCAAAACACUCAAUCAUGGUGCCCCUUCAUCCUCUGCCCCUGAGGUCUUUGAAUGGACCUUCAGUCCCACUGCACUGAAGAGUAUGAAGACAACGCAGUAUUGCGGCUCAUUCAUCCCAUUAGUCAGCGACAAACAGAUUUACAUUGGCAAAAGAGUGGGAUAGUGGGAGUAGCGGUCUUCUUUGUCCCCAAAAAUUCCAUAAAUAUCUAAUUCAUUGGUAAAGAAUAAUGUAACUCAAGUCAUAGUAUCCCCUAUUUCAGCAUUUUCCAACCAGUGUGCCUCCAGCUGUUGCAAAACUACAACUCCCAGCGUGCUGGGAGUUGUAGUUUUGCAACAGCUGGGGGCACACUGGUUGGGAUCGCUGCCCUAUUUGCUGGGACAUUCUAUACUUUUUGUUAGGUUCCUCUGACCUUUUACUCUUAAAAAGAUGAAGAGUCUGGUAUUAAUAAAUUUGCUUUACCUCUGUA